AGUCACUCUUGCACUGAUGAAUCAUGACUACGGUCUACCCCAACACAACAAUCCAUCCUGGUGGUAUCACAUCUCUGCAUCAGAAAAACUUUCACAAUAUCUCAGCUGAAGACUACUUCUACUACUAUGACCUAAAUACAACAGAGGUGUACCAGAUCUGCAACAACAGCAAUGUAAUGGCCUUUGGCAGAGUCUUCCUCCCUACACUCUACAGCAUUGUCUUCAUUGUGGGGUUCAUCGGCAACAGCCUAGUGUUGAGUGUCCUGGUCAAGUACCACAAUAGUUCCAACAUGUCAGAUGUAUGCCUCUUCAACCUGGCCCUUUCAGACCUCCUCUUUCUUCUCUCAUUGCCUUUCUGGGCUCACUAUGCCGCCAUCACUCAGUGGGUCUUUGGGAGCUUCAUGUGCCAUGCAGUGACAGCACUCUACAUGUUAGGAUUCUAUGGAAGCAUCUUCUUUAUGAUCCUUAUGACCAUAGACCGGUAUGCUAUCAUUGUCCACACCUAUACCUCUCUCUUCUCCAAGCACCGGACUGUCAGAGCUAGCAUAGCUUUGGUUUUGUUUAUGUGGACACUUAGCCUUGGAGCUUCUCUGCCAACCAUCAUUUUCUCAAAAGCAAUCAACUCAACUGAAACAAAUGUAUGGAAAUGUAGGGUGGAAUAUCCAGAAGGGACAUUGUGGAGGCUAUUCUCUUACAUCCAGCUGAACAUCCUUGGCUUCAUUAUUCCUCUCUCAGUGAUGGUGUUCUGCUACUCACGUAUCAUCCCCAUCGUAAUGGCCAUGAAGUCUCAGAAGAAACACAACACUGUCAGGCUCAUGCUGGUCUUGGUCAGCGUUUUCUUUCUCUUCUGGACGCCUUACAACAUCGUCAUCUUCCUGAAGUUCCUGCAUCAACUGGGUUAUAUGAGCACCUGUCAGUGGAAUCAGGACCUGAACAUGGCUAUGCAGUGGGUGGAAACCAUAGCGUUCACUCACUGCUGCCUCAACCCCAUCAUCUAUGCCUUUGUGGGGCAGAGAUUCAGAAAUUUAUUUCUAAAGAGCCUGAAAGAGUGGUUUCCUCUUUGCUUUGCCCAGUGCCCAACAAUCAUCAUUCAGUUAUCUGAGACGGGGAACUUCUCACGUUCCUCAAUUUCCAGCACAAAGAUUGUUCAGCUAUAAGUGCAGCAAAAGGGCAGCAGUUGAAAUGUAGGAUAACCAGA